AAAAGUCUGACAAAGCUGCCAUGGAUUAUUUCCUUUCUGAGGUAUCAUGUGACAAGCUAGCGCUUCAAGUUGGACGAGUACACUUGGCACCUUUACUUUCUAGCUUUGUCAUCAGUUGACUGUUCGCACUGUGCAGCUUGUCUUUAUGGGCUGCUGCUGUGGUCAUGACGUCCAGCAGCAGGUGAACAGGUUGUGGUGCUUGCCUUUGGAGCAACAACGCGAAUCGCUCGUGCUACACCGUGUGCGAGGACCCCGAAGAAUUAUCCGAUAGGCGCUCAUAAUGAGCAACAUGCACAAGGCACAAGCUACGAAGAAUCACGCAAAAGCGGCCCAACGGCCACCUGGUAGCUCAGCUAAGCUGCAGAACGGCAAUGGUGAAACCCCGGCAGGUUCCGGUACCCAAGCAGACCAGAACUCCGACCCGCUGACGAAGCUAGAAGAGCCGGCGCAUCUAAUGCGCACGCUGCACAAGUCACCCAGCCGGCGCUCCCCUUACAAUUGCCGCGGAAGUAGGAGCAGCAAACGACACGCACACCGAGCAAAGGACGCCGGACUGUUAAGCCCCGCAGGCAAGGUCAGCGAUGUGGAGGGCUGCGACACUGCGGAGGAGACCGACGACGAUGGGGCAUGGGUGCUUACAUGCAUCGACGACGACACAGACCAUGCCUCCUCCGCCGCCAUAAUCAACGAGGGUAUCUCCCAGCUGCAGCGCCCCAUUUAUCGCUUCUCCUGCCCCGGCAUGAACGCCAGGCCCCACCCUAGCACCCUUCUCGGCCAGCAUGCCAUACAUGCGGCCAGCAACACCAUCAGCUACCUGCGCACCGCGGGUUCGCCGUUGCGGGCUUUACGCAAUGUGGGUUUCGACGGUAGCUCUUGUAACAGCAAUAACAGCUCCUUCACCGCAGGGGCGGGCAAUAGCCGCCAUGCCUUCGCGGCAGCGCGACAUGCAGUGCAGCAGCGCUCGGCUACCGGUAUGAUUGGCAGUGCCCCUGUGGCAGGAGAGGGCGCAGGAGAGGGCGCCAGCUGCCCCGUUACUGUAUCUGUGAUGGCAGCGUUUGGUGCUGGCGAGACCACCUCCUCCUCAUCCGCUUCUGCUGCUGUUCUCGUCACGCCGCAAAGCCAGGAUGUAACGCCCAUGCCGCCCACCUCUAAGCCAGUUGCCAACCAUGGAAAUGGCGACACGAAAGGCAGUGGUGGCGGCGUUUUCAACCGAGCCGUGAAUUUCUUGGGUCGCCAGACCUCCCGCUCUCGCAAUUCGCAACCGGCAAAGACCGCUGCGCAGGAGGAGGAGGACCUGGUCAUUGCACGCGCCGAGCGUAUGCUCAAGAACCUGCGCUGCUCCAGCUUUCACGGCAAAUCUCCGCACAUUGCGCACCUCAACUACAGCACCACCCAGCACGAAGCCAAGCAGCGCCAACACCAACAGGAGGAGCUCAGCAUGCUGCUGGCCUACCAGCCCCGCCGCGCCACCGCAACUGCCCUUCAGGGUGGUGGUGCCCCUGCAAAGGCCGCGCCGGGUGUAGCCGCUGCGCUUGAACGCGCUGGCCCCAGGUUGUCCUCUCCCGGCCUGGUCGGCGCCGUCCGUGGCGGCACUGCUGGCGCUGAUGGCGCAGCUGCUGCCGGGGGGCCCGCUGCAGUUCCGACUGGUAACAGCGGCGGCAGCCCUCAGGGCGUGCCGGCUGCCGGUGCUGCUGCAGAGCUCAGUGGCACUGCGGACGCCAGUGAGGUCCGCGGGAUCGCCGGCAGCUGCGGCAGCACCUGCAGUUCCGCCCGCAUCCCAGCGCUGCGGCCCGCCCUAGCAGUCACCCUACCCACCACCCCCUGCGCCGUGAGCUCAGCGACAGGACUGACAUGCGCGCUCUCACCCUCCUCUCCCGCUGCAGCUCGCCCGGGCUCAUCCGGCAUGGCUUCGGGCUCCGUGUGCGCAUCAGCAGCCGCGAGCGUCACGGUGUCGGCAGCAGCAGCCCCCGGCAGCUCGUCAGGCUGGGUCGGCAGCAGCAGCAGCAGCAGCGCGGCAACCAGCCGGUUUGGCCCCCACCCGCCUGCAGACGGCCGUGCGACCUCCGCCUCCCCAACACCUUCCCGCCUCUCCCGCUUGCUACUCCCUCCCCAACAGAGUGCGUUAGCCAGCAGCGGCCGCGGACAGAGCCCCGCCUGGCGGUCGUUUGACUCGAACAACAACAACAACCCAGCAGCGGCUGGUGCUACAGCGUCGGCGGUGGCGCCGCAUCGCAGUGGAAGCGGUAUCGCGCUGAUUGGCAGCGGCCGACCCACGGGUCAGCAUGCUGCCCGUGCGACCUCCAUGAACAGCAGCUCGCACUCCCACUCGCACGGUAGUGGCGGCAGCGGCGGCGCCGGCGUCCGGGAAGGCGCGCGAACCGUAUCCGGUGUUGCGACCAUCGACCUGCAUGACAUGGAGCGCGCGCGUCCGUCAACCUCCUCAUUCACAUCACUGUGCGCCCCCGAUCUGAACACCGGCGGCAGCGGAUUGCUUCCGAAGGCGGCGUCCGGUAGCAUCGUCACGGAUUCGGGUCUGAGAGUUUCCAUGAGCAGCAUUGGGGCCCGCAGCGGCGGCUCCUCUCGGGGGCCCUCCUGCACCUCGGUGGAUGAGGGGGCACUGAAGCUGCCGCAGGUGGCGGGGGCGCCGGGCGGGCAGGGCAGGUUACUGGAGUGGCAUUGAGGGGAGCUGCAUCGCUGAGGUGGGUCAUGCUACCAAUGGUAUGAUGUCGUGACCGUCAGCUUGGUGGAGUGGAGUGGGUUUGGGAAUGGGUACCUACAGCGAGUUAAUGCGUGCGCUUGGGUGAGGUCUGAUAUUGGGCUGGGGAUAUGUCUUGUGCGUGGCACGAAGGAAAAUAGUGAAACUAGAAGAGUUUCGAGGUGAACGCGUUUCUAUGUUGCGCGCGAGGACGCUACACGCAGUGUUAUUUUUUACUGACUGGCACAACUGCCUUUAAUCGCACUUGUCAAGAAGGUACGAGGUGCUGCGUGUCCGCACGUCGUGAUUUCGGGAGUACUGUUGCUGUACGCCUACUGUGUACUGUGGAAAUAAUCCUUCUUGUCGCAGCAAAGCCUGCACACGAAGCUCACACGGAGCUCACAGUUGAUCUGGCCCGGUGGUGUUGGUGUUGCAAGGUUCCUUGCUUUUAGGUUGCUGGUUUAUGGUUUGCCGGGUAUUCGUGUGCAACCCCUGCGUUCCAGCGGGUUGACUGGUUGAAGGUGUUGGCUCGUGGCGGGUGCCCUGACGUGCUGUGAGCGGCAGGGGCGCCCCGAGCAUGUGCCGGGGCCCACGUUGUCCCUGGGGUGUAUCCCGUGACAGCGUUGCGCGCCUGUUCAGUACCUUGUACUGCCAUCUUACGGUUUGAGGGUAUGGUUCUCAAACGAAGUAAGGGUAGGCGGGUUGCAUUGUUGCGGUUUUCGUGCUUGUUGCCGUUGUUGGUAAUACGUGACUCUGGGCAGCUCUGGGCCCCAGAGGUUGAAAUAUUGCUUUUGAGGAAAGCCGUACAACGCCUGCUGCUGCAUGUCUUGCCACAUGUGUUGGUGAAGAACGGAUGAUUGCAAAAACCAAACGCUCCUCCUGUCGGCAUGUGCACGACACGCUUGGUGGGUAUGGGUCCCGAAAACAGGGACGAAGCGCCGAAGACGAAAGCUGCAAGUGAGAGCAAUCUGACGACAGUACGUGUGUGCAGAAGUUGUCGCCGUUGCUGGAGUGUAUGCAAAAGUUGCGUUUGGAGUUUUUCGGGUGGCGAGGUGCAGGGGGUGUCCAGCGCUAGUCCAUUUGGGGCUAGAUGCGGUGGAUGUUGUCGUGGUAUGCGAUGUGUUUCCAAGCAUCCCCUACCUGCGACAACUUGCCCCGCUCGGGGGGUGGGAAGCCCCUUGUCGUGGCGCGUUUGGAAGCCUAGCUGCCGGUGGUUGUCCGUGGUGCUCAAGGACUGGCUCACCCUCACUGCUAAAGAAUUGUUGCGCGGAGGCUCGGGAAAGAAACCCAGACUUGGGGGCCAGGGAGUUAGAUUGCCGUACAGCACAUGUGGGCACGUUGGGAGGCUGCGAUCAGGGAGCGUAAUAAAUUAUGUCGCCAUGCCCACAUGUCGACGGUUGAGAUCCCAACAUUGUUUGACUGAUUUAGUAACCGCGUAUUUGACUUUGGCUAGGAAGGGUUCUGGGACAGUGCCUGGAGGUUUACCUCCUGUUGUUGCCUGGCAGGGUGUCGGCCGUCCUUAACAACGUCUUAGCGGCAGAAUUGUGCAUGACGUGGUAUCUAGCUGACGGUUGCAUGCCAGGUUGGAGUUGAGGGUUGGGCACGUGCUGUCACAGGUAGAUGGAACGAACCGUCUAACUUGGAGGCCAGCCUUAUUCAGCAUGUACAGCUAACGUAUCAGCUAUACUCUACCAGUUUGCUUCGGGGUGUCUGGGCACGCGCGGCACACUUCACAAGCAAAUUUUGGGCCUUUCCUUUCUGUCUACCAGGCAGAUAUAUAUUCCUGCAUUCACAAUUAAUAAUGCAUAGUUGACAUGAGGCGAG